UAGUGCAGAUUGUGCCCAGUACUGUAGCUUAUGAGCGACAGGGAAGAACAGCAACCGGACGACCGGAUCUUGCGAUCGGCAAGGCGCCCAAUUGCCCAUUUGGCAUUAGGACCAGAGGGUGACAGAUAUCUGUUCUGCCAGCGUAGGGAGAGGCAGCAGCAGCAGAGGAGAGGUAGGGCCGAAGAGGCAAGCAGGGCAUUCGCAAGUGAAGCUGCAGUCUCAGCAGCCAUGGCCACUUCUACGCAGCAGAGUUCCCAGGCUAGUAGUUCAAGAUCUGUAGGGUCAACGGUCGCACAGACCCUGAGUCAGUCCACUGGCGUUAUGGCAAGCCAGCCAAUAGUGUCAACUCCCGAUGAGAUCGCCAUACAACAAGCCGCAUUGCAGGAGGCACAGCUACAGAAGGCUUUAGGAGAGAGAAAAGCGGAGAAGGAAAGGAUGAUUAGAAGAAGAGCCAGGAUGCAGCGGAGACAAGCGGACGUUAGUGAGUUAGAGGAGAUGGACCUGACGCACACGAGUGAUGAUGUGAGGACCAUUCAGUCCGUCCUGCUAAAUGUAGUUGAAAUGCAGGACCACCAGACGGCCAUCCUUCAGGACAUUCAGCAAAGUCUGGCCCUCUUGGCUGGGCGAGCGCAGGCAGCGCCAUCGAUGUCCGGGCCUGGUGCGCUGAUUACUGAGUUCAAUCUUGCGGACAAUGUUACUCAGUCUUUGGUGGAAGCCUAUCGCGAGGACCCGUUUAUGGCCGAGAUCAUAUGCAAACUCGAGGCAAAGGACAAACAGACUUCUGUUGAGUUUGAGUUGGUCAAGGGCCUGCUGUUCCUUGAGAAGGCAGGGAAUAAACGUUUUAGUAAGUUUGCUAGGUUAGUUGCAAUGCCGACAACAGCUAAGACGGAGGAUGUGAUUAAAAUGUUCAAGGAGAAUUGGGUUAGAGAUUUUGGAUUGCCAAAGUCUAUCGUUAGUGACCGGGACGUGCGAUUUACCAGCGAAUUGUGGAAAGCAGCAGCUGCAGAGCAAGGCACGCAACUGCAGAUGACAUCAGGCAAUCAUCCCAAGGCAAACGGGCAGGCUGAACAAAUGAACCGCGCUGUACAACACCUGUUAAGGCAUUACAUCAAGCCAAAUCAGGUAGACAGGGAUGAGAAACUUGCUCUCAUCAUCAAUUUGUACAAUAGUGUUGUGCACAGCGCAACCGGAGUCAGUCCUAACAGCUUGCUACUGACCUUCAGACCCCGACUGCCUUUAGACUUCCUACUACCUGACAAUCAGCCGACUGCCGCACCAGGGACUCUAGAGUUUGCGUAUAGAUAUGAGCACUUGAUGCAGCAGGCUGUUGAGCAGAUGCACAAAGCACAGGCGACGAUGAUAGAGUCUGAGAACAAACACCGCCGCCCAUCUACAUUCCAGGUAGGGGAAGGAGUCUGGGUGAAGUCCUCCGAACUGGGACAAGAGUACGGGAUAUCCCGUAAACUCAUGCCACAUUACUUUGGACCGUGGGAGGUAUUGGAUGUCGUGGGGAAUGAACCGGAUGGCCCGUCUUAUGUUAUUCGCAUCCUUCGUCCCUUACGCACUUACCCCGUCUUUCACGCCUCCAAGCUUGCACCUUUCAAGGAAACAAAUCAGUUUCCUUCUCGACGCUCAAUCCUGCUCCCAACCAUGGAUGGAGAGGUGGACAUAGACGACAUCGUGGAUCACAGGGAGCUGCCCGUUCCAAGACCGACAGGCAGGGGACGUCCUCCGAAACCGAAGCUGCAGUACCGAGUUCGGUUCCGACAUCAUCUAGAUCCAAAGGACCGCUGGUUCACUAGGGAGGAACUCAUGCAGACCGCUCCUCAUAUCAUAGCUCAAUAUGAGAAAUCUCUGCAGAAGGGAAAGCGCCAGAUCAUCGAAGACUGAACUUUUCAGAGGACUAGCGAAGUUAUGGAGGAGGGAAUGCAACGCUUAUGCCCCUAUGAG